GGCAGAGGGCGCGGUCUGCGGUGUCUGUCUCUCCACCCGGCUCUGUGUCUCUGAGUGUUUGUGUUUCUCGUUCCCUCUUUCUGACUGUACUUUUCUGUCUGUGUGUCUCUCCUGUACCUACAUGUCAUUAUGUCCCUGUCUCUCUCUGCAACCGUCUGCCUGUUUCGGCCUCUUUUAGUCCCUAGGUCGCUAUCUCUCCAAAUUGCCGUCUGUGUCCCUAUCUCUCUCUCUGCCUCUCUCAGUCUCUCCCUGAGUCUCCCUCCUCGUGUUUCUGAUUUUUGUGUCCCAUUUCAUUUUCCGUGUCUUUCCCUAGUCUGCAUCCCCGCCGCGGGGGCGCCUUGCCCUCCUGGUUUCCACCUCCUCCUACGACUUUGGAGCCGGCUGGGUGGGCGGCUUGGCGGAGCACGGGCACCCCCGUGUGGCCGGCAGGGGACUGUCAGGAGAGAACAGCGGGCUGAGUGUGUGCGUAGCUAUUGCAGACACUGUGGGUGUCCAUGGGUGACACUAGGAGAUGGUGUGACGCCGAGACUCACUAUGUGAGUGUGUACUACUGCGAUAUCGCGCGUGACGCCAAAGGUUGCGUGUGACUGUGUGACCUUGUGAGAUUUUAUGUGACAACCAGAAACUGGGUGCAACUGUGUGAAAUGUAACACCAAGAGGUUGUGUAUGACUGUGUAUGUGAAAUGACAGAUGACCUGUAGGCGACUGCGUGUGACACCGUGAGGUUGGGUAUGCCUGAGACACUAUUUGGGGGACUGUUUGUGACAUCAAGAGACUAUGUGUGGGUGAGAGGUUGUGUUUGACAGUGUGUGACACGGCGAGACCAGGAGAGUUAUGCGUGUCACAUGGGCAGAUGAUGUGUGAGCGAGGGUGAGAAUGAAUGGGUGUGAUCCACCAAGAAAUGGCAUGAGAAGGAGGUGUGAGAGGCCUGGGGGGGGGGAGGACUGGGAGUGACAGAGUGACCUUGUGAGUGUGAGACAGGAUAUGUCCGUCACACUGAUGAUGGGUAAGAAACUGAGUGUGUGUAACACAGAUCACGUGGGACAUUGAGAGACUGACCCAAGGUCAUGACAGUGCGUGAGAGUGUGCAACUGUCCAGAGCACCCGGAUGGGUAUACGAGAGAGAUCUCAAGUAAGUAGUGUGUAACACUGGAAGGUUGUGGUGUGAGGGUGACAGUGGUGGGUGAUACAGACGAUGUGAGCUCGGCAAGACACCAUGAGAUCUGUGUUUGACACUGUGCAGAACUGUGUUUGUAUGCUUGACACUCAGAGACAGUCUGUCUGACUGGUUGUGUGAGAUGUCGUGGGUGAUGAUGGGCCACACUCGGAGAGAUUGUGAGGGACCGUGUGGCAUUUUGAGAGACCGUGUGACUAUGGUGCUGUGGGAGGUUGUGUGUUAAACACAGGUGGUUCAGAAAACAGUGUGGCAGCAUAGGGUGACACAGCGAGAUUUGGUGCUUCUCUGUGCAAGGGACUGUGAGGGUGAGUCUGUGUGCUGAGAGUGUCGUUUGUGAUGGGGUGACAGUGAGGCGGUGGGUGUGACAGGGUGGCAGGGCAUGUCAUGGAGUGAGAGGCUGUGUGGGACACACAGAGAUUUGUGUCACUGUGGAAUAAAUACAGCAGAGCAUUGGGCACAUCUUUAGAGACUGUCUUUACCUUUGAGUGUGUGUGAGUAUGUGUGUGUGUGAGAGAGAGAGACAGAGAUAUAGACAGAGACAGAGAUUGAGAGGGGAGACCGAGAGAGACAGAGGAAAGGAGAGAGACACAGAGAACAGGAGUGACAUAGACACAAGGAGAGAGACACAGAAACAGAAAGACAAAGGGGGACAGACAGAUAUGAUGAGAGGACCUAGACAGACCCGAGGCGGUCAGGGUGAUGGAGAUGGUGGUGGCAGUGGCAGGAGGAGGCGGGUCCUCAGGGGCUGUGCCCCGGGAGAGGGGGUGGGGCGGGGCUGCGGGGGACCCAGACGCUGCCUCCCAGCCUCUGCCACUGGCCCGCCAUCCCAGCUCUGGGCAGCAACAGCAGCCAUGUCCAACAACAUGGCCAAGAUCGCGGAGGCCCGGAAGACGGUGGAACAGCUGAAGCUGGAGGUGAACAUCGACCGCAUGAAGGUGUCGCAGGCUGCGGCCGAGCUCCUGGCCUUCUGCGAGACUCACGCCAAAGACGACCCGCUGAUGACGCCGGUACCUGCCGCAGAGAACCCUUUCCGUGACAAGCGCCUCUUCUGCGUCCUUCUCUGAGCCCUCCCGACAGUAUACCCUCCCCUGCCAAAGUAUGAACCCAAUAAACGUGGUGACUGUG